AUGUCACAUUUACCAUCACUUAAAACAGAAUAUUUAAUCAAUGAAAAACGACGUAUUAUACGUUUAUCACAAAAAAAUAAAAAUAUUACACGAGUUAAUCUAGAAUAUGUAUCUCAAGUUGAACAAAUUCAAUUUAUUUUCAAAACUAAUGCUAAAUUCGUCAAAUAUCUUAUUUUAAUGUGCUUAUUUAUUCCAUCGAUUAUGAAAACUACAAUUAUACAAUUAAACAUAUAG